UAUAAAUUUCAACUAUUAUAAAUACUUUUUUGGUCAAAAUAAUAUAAAGAUUUAAUAAUAAAUAUUUCUCACAUUCAUUUGUCAAAUAAAGUAAUUGUGUCACAAAAUGUCUCAUUCAUAUUUAUGAAAUUAAUUUUCUUUUUUCAUUACAGAACAUCCUUGGUGACCCAGUUGUUAAACUGAAGGACAUUUGUGACACCAGAUGGCUCUCCCACCUGAACUCAGUUGAAGCAGUCAAGCGUUGCCACCCAGCACUCAUUGCCAGUCUUGAGAGGGAAGCCUCUGAGCGUACAGAUGCUACAGCAGCUGGACUAGCCCUGUUUGUGAAGUCUCCAUUCUUCCUGUGUGCCAUUGCCAUGUUACUGGAUACCCUACCACACCUGAACCGCCUGUCCAAACUCUUCCAGAAAACAUCUAUAGACUUCAGUAUGGUAGACACACUUGUUUCUUCAACUCAGCUGGUACUAACCAACCUACUUGACAACCCAGGACCCAACACAAAAGACAUUGCAACAUACUUCAACAGCCUAGAGGAGUAUGGUGUAAAGUACAAGCAGACAGAAAUCGACAGAUUCCAGGAGCAAGUCUACCAACCCUUCAUCAACAAUGUUAUAAGCAACCUUCAUGACAGAUUUCCAGACACCAGUGUAUUAGACUCCUUCUCAGUAUUUGACCCAGACUUGCUUGACCAGAAAGAUCCAUCCACCAAUGAGUACUUGCAGUUUCAGAAGUUGAAGCAACUAGCCAAGCAAUUCCCAUCAGUUGGAACCUCUGAUACUGCUGAAGAAGAAUUUACCUCACUAAGAUACAUCAUUGCCUCCAAGAUGAAAGAUCAGACAACCAGACAGGUUUUAGAAAAGACAGCCAAGAUGACUGACCUCUACCCAGUACUCAGUAAAUACUGCCAGAUUGCUUUAGUAGUGCCAGUGUCCACUGCAGACUGUGAAAGAACCUUCAGCACCCUGAACAGAGUAAAGAGUAUCUUGAGAAACAGACUCAGCCAACACAUUCUGAACUGCCUGAUGACCAUCUCCACAGAGGGACCUUCUUUGCAGAACUUUGAUUUCCAAGCCUGUGUAACAGCAUUUGCACAAAAGAAGAAGAGAAAACUUAACCUUUAGUUAUAGACAUUAGUGCUUUUGAAAUCUUGUGCUUUUAAAUUGAGUAUUGUGUAUUUUGAUGCUUGUUUUUGUUAAUAUAUUCUAUUAUUAAAGUAUAGAACUUACAAAUUGUUAUUUUAUUCUUAAUAUAGACAUAUAGACACAUCUGCAACCAUAUAACAUAUAUACUACUACAUUACAAAAAGAAAAGACAGCAUCAUCGCACCGCGGCGAAUGACAAUGAAAAAAAACCUGAUUUUUUUUUUAUGUCAAAUGUGAUGCUAUCCAAAAUUUCUGGGGAGAA